AUGUCCUCAGCUGAAGAGAUGCAGGUGGCUUCCAAGGACUGGGUCGCUCUCUCCGUCUACACCUUCACCUUUCUGCUGGGCCUUCCCGCCAACCUGCUGGUCCUGUUCGUGUACGUGCGCAAGGCCUGCAAGCGCGCCGCCACACCCAACGUGGUCUACGCCCUCAACCUGUGCAUGGCCAACCUGGCGCUCGUGGCCUGGCUGCCCGUCAAGGCUAUGGAGACUUUGUUUCAGGACUGGAGGCUGCCGCCAGCCAUCUGCCUCGUCUACAGCUUCUUCCUCUUCUCCUCGCUGUACGGCAGCUGUCUGUUCCUCACCGCGGUGACGGUGGGGCGCUACCUCAGCAUCGCGUUCCCGAUUAUCUACAAGAGGUACCGCCGUGCUCGGCUCUCCUGCGUCAUCUGUGUUGCCUUGUGGGCCUUGGUGCUCCUUCACCUCGGUUGUGCUCUUGUGGCUGAAGGAGGAGCUUACUUCGUCUCCACUAAGGGUGACACCUCGGUCUGUUACGACCACUUCAACGCCUCCCAGCUGGCUGUUCUGCUGCCUCUACGCCUGGAGAUGGCCAUCGUCUUGUUUCUUCUGCCUCUCGCUGUGACGUCUUUUUGCACGCUGCGCUGCGUUACACUGGUGUGGCGCUCAAAUUUGCGGCCUAUGGGAAAGAGAAGAGUCCUGGCUGUCGCGCUCACCACGCUGGCUGUGUUUGUGGUGUGCUACGCACCCUACAACGCCUCGCACAUCGUGGGGUUUGUGUUGAAGGAAAACGUCGAGUGGAGGACGUACGCCAUGCUGACGAGCUCCUGUAAUGUUUUCCUGGAGCCCGUGGUCAUGCUGAUGCUGUCCCCGGCAGUGUCGAGGGGAAUCGUGGGAAGAAUCUGUGGACGGCAAAGCCAUUUCAGCCAAAUCGAAGGGUUUCGGCAUCAAUGUAAUAGCAGUAAGGGUGUCGCAAACGUCAAGUUACCACCGACACUGUCUGGGAAAAGCCAGGCGGGGGCCGAGGUGACGAAAGUAAGUCAGGAGUGA